GAUUCAGCAAGGAGUAUGGGACGCAGUUAACAAUCCCUGUUGCCAAUGUGGAGGAAUUCCGCCAUGGCAGAACCCUCUACCCGGCCAGAGGCCAGUGGGACAUUCACUCGGCGUAAACUGGGUGAAACGCUUUAUCUGCGAUCGUGGGAUUUCUAUCUCCGAGAUCCCAAUUGCCAUUUAAUGAAGCCAACAUAUCACAGUUUACACGAUCCCCACCUUAAUCAGCAUCUUCACCGCAAGCAUAUCCACAAUAAUCUCAAGGACAGAAACUUGAUUACUGGUGAUGAUAUGGUAGUAUGUUCUCGCAAGGAAUACAGUAUGUACUGGGAUUAUGUGGAUGAUGUCAAGAAUGACAUUAAAAACAAACAACAGCGAGAAAGACAGAAAAAGUUUCUUGAGCUGGAAGAGCAGGGUCUAAUUUCAGACAGCGUGACUGGGGAAGAUAUCAGAACCUUCAUACGAUCGAGUGAGCUCCCAAGGCAUGAUAAAUCACAGCAGCAGCAUGGACUGGAGCAAACAAAAAAAUCCACAAAGAGGACAAUCAAAGAGAAGGAUGGACUCCUGAAUGGAAGACAACUUCCGAGCAUAACGACACCGCAGACAUCUGCACCAGAUAGAACACGGCUACACCUCAUUGAAAAUGAAAUAAAACAUGAGUUGAACAGGAAGAGAUACAUGAGAGACAUCCAGGAGAAAAGGAGCCAAAGGGAAAAAAGUAUCUUCGAACACAGGGCUGCAGCACAGCAGGCAGAAGUGGAUACGUUGACGAAAACCCUAAGGGAGUUGGAGAAUAUGAGGGUACACACUAAGGUUCAAACAAAACUUCUCAAUCAAGUUUUGGGUAACUCAACCUCAGUAAAAUCAGCACAGAAAAUUACCGUGCCGAGGAGGCCCACACUCCAACACCUUGCUCCUUUACCAGCCAGGGGACAUGACAUAACUAACCAGAUAUCUUCAUCAGUCACCAAAUUGCUGCCCCCAUCGGUUGACACACCAUAUCGAGAAUUGCCUUGUCUCGGCAAAGUGAAGCUGCCGACUAACCAACUUGAUCCCGAGGCUAACAAGAAGGCUAGAAUUACUCAGGCUCUGCUGGACCACUUAAGUAGUGAAUCUUUUAAGAUGCAAAUUGCAGAGUGCAUCCGGAAUGACACUAUGCUGACAAAUUCUGAACUUCGUCCUCAUAGGGCAACCAGAGUGCUGAGGGGCAAGUUGGCUACUGACAUAUUACUGUGCCUUUUUCGCACAGUCAGGCCUUCCAAACUCUUUGUUGAGUCCUCUGAACACCAGAACCAAUCUGAUACCUCACCUGUGAAACAACUUCACCCUUAUGUGACUGAAAUCAUUAACAGCGUCCUUCAGGAGAUCAGAGUCAAAGUUCUUGAAAAACUCAAUUUUGCUUCUUUAGGAGAUUCUCAAAUGAUAUCUCCUCAAACCUCUGAGAGAGCACUGAAUGGGUUAAGGCUUGUUCUACAGAAUCUUGAGACAGAUUUAAUGGAAACCAUCAGCCUUGUUGAAGCUAUAGCUGCAGACAUAUAUGAACAAGCUCCAAGAACUGAGGCUCCUGUUAAGGAAUCAGGGACUGGAACGCUUACAUAUCAAGUUGAAGCUAUUUCAGAUGAUCUUAUCAGAAUUGCACUUGAAAGUAUUGCUUGCAGUCCUUGCAAUCCAUCAAGUGACGAGGCAAGAACCUCAAAGUUGCAAAUUCAUGGUCAAAGUGGCAACACUUCUGAUUCGGAAUCAUACUGUUCAGAAAAAGAUUCCAUGAAUUAUGGCACAUCACAGGAGUCAACUUUAAAUGUAUCUUUGAGUUUUGCAAAGUCCCCAGCUGUUCACAGCCAGGUCGAGCCCAAGACUGAGGCUAUUAAUGCUUCCAUUGUGAAGAAAGAGAAUAUUGCAUGGGAGGCAAUGGACCAAAGACGGCCAUUUGAGGUUGCAAACAAAACCAAAAACAUUGAGGCAAAGAUUUCUGAUGAUAUUUAUCCACCGACAAUGGCAAGUGCUAGUAGUAAUCUCUCUAGUUCUUCCUACUCCUCUUGCAGUGUGGCUGUUUUCCAGUCUGUAGAAUGUGGGUCAGUCUCCUUACAGGAAUCUGAAGUCUCUACACCAGAGAGCUCUUCAGAUGAGCUUGAGAUGCUGGCAGGUGCCAGUAGCGCUACUUCUGUUGCUUUACCCUCUCCCACUGGUGUGGCAACUUUCAAGACUGUAGAGUGUGGGCCAAUUUCCUUUAAAACAGUUGAAACCUCAAUAUUGGAGGCCCCUUUAGUUGAGGUUGAGAUGCCGGCAGGUACCAGUUGUACUCCCUUGGGAAGCCUGGAAAAGUCUGCUGGCAGAUCAUCAAUAGACCAAAAUAACCACGAUUGGAACAUGAAAGAUAAUGCCAUGUGUUCACUGCCCAAAGACACCACUGUUGCAUCACAGAUUUCAAAAGAAGUGAGUGUUCGGUCAUCAAGCAUGAUUAGUCAGCCCCUUGCAGUUCAGCGUUCUCAAACAGAAGAAAUUCAAUUGAGUCUGCCCAGUGUUUCUCUUGAUUCAACGACCUCAGACCAAGUGUCUGUUGGAAACGGAGUGUAUACUGCCAACAGAAGUCAGUCUUUACCCAGCUUUUUUCCAGCAAUUGCCGAUGAAGUAAUGCAAUAUCUUACGUCACUAACAUGUAAGGAGAGGAUAACUCAAGCAGUGAAGAAUGAACUCAAAUGUUCUUUUUCUGGAAAUGACCUUCCAUCAUCAUUAAAUCUGAAUGUGGGGCCUGAGGAAAGGAGAGCUAUGAGGAACAUGUUUUAAAAAGUAUCC